GGCUCAUGGCGGCGGCGGCGCGGUGACGGUUUUAAUUUCAAGAGAAAAAUGUCACUUUACGAUGACUUGGGAGUUGAGACCAGCGAUUCUAAAACAGAAGGCUGGUCCAAAAAUUUCAAACUACUACAGUCUCAAUUGCAGGUGAAGAAAGCAGCUCUCACACAAGCAAAGAGUCAGCGAACAAAACAAACAACAGUCCUUGCUCCAGUGAUUGACCUGAAACGAGGUAGCUCUUCUGAUGAGAGACAGAUUGUGGACACACCACCUCAUGUAGCAGCUGGGUUAAAGGAUCCUGUACCUAGUGGUUUUUCUGCGGGAGAUGUGUUGAUUCCUUUGGCAGAUGAGUAUGAUCCCAUGUUCCCAAAUGACUAUGAAAAAGUUGUAAAACGUCAAAGAGAGGAACGACAGAGGCAGCGUGAGCUGGAGAGGCAAAAGGAGAUUGAAGAAAGAGAAAAAAGACGUAAAGACAGACAUGAAGCCAGUGGAUUUUCAAGAAGACCAGAUCCAGAUUCUGAUGAAGAUGAAGAUUAUGAAAGGGAGAGACGAAAAAGAAGUAUGGGAGGAGCUGCCAUUGCACCACCCACUUCUCUUGUUGAGAAGGAUAAAGAACCUGUAGCUUCAUUUCCAUUUGAAGAGGAGUCGAGACCUCGGGCACCAUCUUCCAAAGCAGCUAUUCCUCCUCCAGUGUACGAUGAGCCAGAAAGACCUCGCUCCCCCACGGGACCUAGCAACUCCUUCCUUGCUAACAUGGGAGGGACAGUGGCUCAUAAAAUCAUGCAGAAGUAUGGUUUCAGAGAGGGCCAGGGGCUGGGAAAGCAUGAACAGGGGCUGAGCACAGCACUGUCAGUAGAGAAAACAAGCAAGAGGGGUGGCAAGAUCAUUGUUGGUGAUUCUGCAGAGAAAGAAACGGGCAAGAAAGCGGAUUCUAACCCCUUGACUGAGAUACUGAAAUGCCCAACUAAAGUGGUCUUACUAAGGAACAUGGUAGGUGCUGGGGAGGUGGACGAAGAUCUAGAAGUUGAAACUAAGGAGGAAUGCGAGAAAUAUGGCAAGGUUGGGAAAUGUGUCAUCUUUGAGAUUCCUGGUGCCCCUGAUGAUGAAGCUGUAAGAAUAUUUUUAGAGUUUGAACGGGUUGAAUCUGCCAUCAAAGCUGUUGUGGAUCUAAAUGGAAGAUACUUUGGAGGCAGAGUCGUGAAGGCUUGUUUCUACAACCUGGACAAGUUCAGAGUCCUGGAUCUGGCAGAGCAAGUUUGAUUUUAAAAAUCUAGCUCAAGGUGUCACUGUUUUGGCAAUCAUGUUUUCAGCGGUAGGCUGGGAAUAAAGAAGAGAAAAGUAGCUUUCCUAGCAAACUGGAAACAAGCCUCAUUGAAUGGAUUUUUCGCAUUCGUUGUGACUUAACAUUUUUUGUAAUAUAAAGCCCUUUGAAAGUAAGAUUCACGUCUGUGUGUUUUUGAAUUGCACAAUUCUGCUUAUUGCUCUGGGGAUCCUGUUUUUUUUGAGCUUUCAGAUGACUUCCUUCUUUUGAAAACCCACUGCUGAGGAGAUGCUUUAUCUGUAGUCCUGCUUUCCUUGUUCUGGUGCUUCAUCGUGGAGUCCCCGUGCUGCAUCCACAAUAAGUGGGAAGCUUUGGAAAAGGACUGUGUGCUAUCAUGCUUCUCUUCCCUGAUGGUAUCUCUCAGAGUUACAGCCUUGCUCUCGUAAGUCCUCGCCUGCACGCCAGAGUGAUUUGGGGUCGUUGGACAGUUGGCAGCUAGUUUGUUCUCUCCUGACUCCAGGACAAUACUUUCCAUGCCAGAAUGGAGACUGCAGUAACAAGGAAUGAGUCUUUCUUCCCAAAUCCAAAGAAAAUACAUGUUUAACCCAGGGAAAUGGAAGGAGGAAAGAAUUUAAAAAGCUUAGCCUUUUGAAUCGGAAUGAGUGGACUGUUAGCAGGAGCUCUGUGCUGCCAGGCAGUCUUUGCUAGAAGUAUCCAGGGUUAACUGAUUACAGGUCAUUAUUGAAAUGCUAUAGGUAGAACUGAGGGAAACUCAUUCUUGUAUCUGGCCAGCUAUCAGAUUCUCACUUCCUCUAAUAGCACAUGUAAGUAACUAACUUUUUGUUUAAUUGAUUCAAACCUGGCAUUUGGUCUCUCUAUUUCUCUAUUUGAGGUCAAAUAACAUCAGGGUUAGGCUUUUUGUUUUUUGAGCAGGAGUGCCAAGUAGGAAGCGAUGGAAGAAAAUUCUUAUAUGAAAAUCUGAAGAGUUGACAAACUAAACUACUAAAUACUACAACUCUUGGUUUUUUUUAAUCCAGUGUGAAAUAACGCAUAGCACUCUGCUCCUGGUUCUAUGUUUGCUUUUUGUUUGGGAACAGUAUGUUGCAAAGAGUUGGCAAGAGGUGGCUAUGCAAUGAUGGCAGUUGUCUCUGCUCCAUUGCACCUAGAAUUGUGCAGAUACUGAAAUGGAAGUGAGCUCUGAGGGCAUUUUAGCUGUGUGAAAGCUGAUGCUGGAUGUCUUUUUCCUGUUAUACACAUGUAUUGGGGGGUGGGGGUAUAGACCUGUAGUUGAUCAACGCUGUGAAUAUCUGCAGUUAUUCCCCUUUUAUUAAGUUUUGGCUGCAGAUCUAUAUGACAAACCCUUGGUCUUGUGUUUCGCUUAUUUUGUCUGCUUGUGUUCCACCAACCUCUGUACAAACAUUUGCUUGUAAAACAGAAAACAAUUUUUAAAAAAACUUGUAUUUUACCUACUGUGUGUUGGCUUCCUUACUGUCCUCUUCUCUUGCACAAGGCCUUCCCACAGAGCAGUCACUUCUACACCACGUGUGCUGCUGUUGGCAAUCACUGUAAUCCACCAUUAGAAAACCUCACUACAGCAGAGGUGACUAACCGGCCUGACUAAUACUAAAACCACAGG